AUGAGUAAAAAAGCAUAAACAGGUGCUACAAGUUAAGAAUAUUAAAUAAGGCCUAAACAAAGAGAAAAGUUCAAACCUGGCAAAGCAAAAGAAAUAAUAAAUGAAGUUUUAUAAGAUAAGCUGAAAAAUGCCUAAUAAUAUGAUGUAACUACUACUUCUAAUCUCUCGAAAGAAAUAGCUGAUACAAUUAAAUAUAAAUUAAAAGAUUUAAAUUACCCAAGAUACAAAUUUUUGGUUUCUGUAAUUAUUGGAUAACAAAAAGGUUAAGGUUUGAGGGUUGGUUCAAGAUGUUUUUGGGAUUAUGAUACUGAUUAUCUUGCAAGUGAUUAUUAUGUAAAUGAUUAGUUAUUUUGUUUAGCAACUGUUUAUGGAGUUUAUCUUUAUUGAAAAAAUAAAUAAAAUAGGUCUUCUUUAUUAUUAAAUAUUUUAAUUGAAUUUUUAUGUAAAAUUUAAAUAAAUGAUAUUUAUUUAUGUUUAUUUUU